AUGAUCACAGCUCCAUCAACCUCCCUGCUUCGAAUAGGAGCAGCAGGCCAGCUGCUGAAUGUCCGCGGGAUGGGCAGAAGGCAGCCGAAACAAGGAAAACCGCCGAUUUUGCCGCCCAGCAAGAAGGUACUCUACCACGUGGUGAAUCCAGAGUGGGAGAAGCCGGAACACGUCAAGGAGCUACUGUGGCGACGGUUUGCGUACAACAACGGAGUCAAUUCGCUGCGAAUCUUGUUCAAGCAAGAGGCUUCAUCGAAGAUUUCCACCGGCCAAGGUCUUGCCUCUAUGCGUGAAGAAGAAGAGAAAGAAUUCAACAUUCUCAUCGCCGCUAAUGAGGAACGGAAUUUGAAGAAAUCUAAAGACCGGGAAAUUCGAAGCCUGGAAAAAUGGAACACCACGCGCCAGGAGAUGAUGGACGAGAUCUCAUCGACGCUCACCGAACAAGAGAAGCAGGCUAAAUGGGCUAAUAGAGCGAGUCCGGGAGGCGAUUCGGGACAGCAAGGACUACGCGCGAAGUUGGAAAAUCCUGCUCCGGUCAAGUAUCAAGAAGGCACGCCAACGAUUCAGAAGGGCCGAUUGCGGCGUAUGGUGAAGCAGAUCAACAUCAAGUACCGGCCACUCGACUACGAUGAUUCUUCAAAAUACGUGUUCCAAUACUCUGGACAACAGCCGAUGAGAACGCGACGACCCAGAAAUGAAAGCAGACUGAACGAGCUCUGGAAAUUGCCGGCUGAGUACACGUUCGACCCUCCGGGUGACUGGACACUGAUUGGAUUUCAGCGAUCCAACGACCCCUCCACUGAUUUUCGCUCGACCGGCAGCCUCGGCCUCGCCCAGAUGCUCUUCUUCGUCAAGUAUCAUCGCAUCGUAUUGGACCACGAGGUCGCCUGGCCCGAAGCCCUGCCAUUUGCACUGACUUCAAUACACAUCACAGCUUUUCUGAUGGCUUUGAUGAAGGAACAAGUUCUCCGCGAUCACUUCUAUGCUGGCAACGAGCUUCCAUCGCUAGAGGGAUUUAACAAGAUUCACUGCCGAUUACUUUGGCUGAUGUCCGCUUUACUGGGGCAAACAGGGCGCCGAAUCAAUCAUGCAGCCUUCCAGAACGGCGUCGUUCGCCUGCUGCAUUUCCGUCAAAAAAGCCUACACGAGAUUACCGUUGAAGAAAUUGUUUCCGCG